AUGCAACUCACCAACACUCUUUGUGUCAUCAUCUUGGCGGCUACUACAGCCGUCACUGCACUCCCCGAGCCAGGUUGCGGUGCCCGCGGCCAAGGCUGCUGGAAAAUCAAGCGCGCAGCCAAUGCCCUCGCAGAAGCGCUCGCCGAGCCCGCCGUCGAUGUGAUCGAAGCCCGAUGCAACAUUGCCGGAGGCGCCUGCCAGAAAGCCCGCAUGCUUACACGAGACCUCGCCGAGACCGUCGCUGCCGUUCAGGACGACCCCGAGGCAUACUACGCCAGUCUCAGCUUCGAGGACGACUCUGCCGUCGAGACCGCCGCUAUCAAGCAAAUCAAGCGCGAAGCCGAUGCUGAUGCCCGUUGCGGUGCCCGAGGCCAAGGAUGCUGGAAGGAGAAGAGAGAUGCUGCACCAGCGCCAGGCUGUGGAGCUCGUGGACAAGGCUGCUGGAAGGAGAAGCGCGAAGCUAUCUCAGCCGCAGAGGCCGAAGCCAACCCAGAGGCAAGAUGCGGAGCACGAGGACAGGGAUGCUGGAAGAUCAAGCGAGAGGCUGUCUCUGAGGCGGAUGCACGCUGUGGAGCACGAGGCCAGGGAUGCUGGAAGGUUAAGCGCGCAGCUGAGGCAAUUGCCGAUGCUCUUGCCGAGCCAUUGCCACGCUGUGGUGCCCGUGGUCAAGGCUGCUGGAAGCAAAAGCGCGACAUCCAGGCUCUGCAGAACGUUGCCAGAGAUGUUCUUGAGAAGUUGUAG